ACUGCAAGCAUGGCCACUCCGUCAGACAGCCCCGUGGAGGAGGUGAUGUUCGAAAUCGAACCGUCCAGGGUGCCCAAACCUAUACCCGUGGCACUCGAGGACCUCUGCAGAUUGACUAAGUUCACCAGACAAGAAAUAAGGAUUAUGUACAGAGGAUUCAAAACGGAGUGUCCCGAGGGUGUAGUUCACGAAGAUAGUUUUAAGGAGAUUUAUUCCAAGUUUUUUCCACACGGAAAUGCCAGUUUAUAUGCACAUUACGUGUUCAAGGCCUUUGAUGUCAACUGUAAUGGGGCAAUUAGUUUCAGGGAUUUACUUAUAACCCUCUCCACACUGUUACGAGGGUCAGUGUACGAACGACUUCGAUGGACUUUCAAAUUGUACGACGUCAACGGCGAUGGUUGCAUAAGUCGAGGAGAAUUGUCCGAAAUUGUCGUCGCUGUCCACGAACUGAUGGGUCGUCGAGCACAUCAGGUGGAGGAUGAUCGCAAGGCCCGAGAACAAAUAGACAGAGUCUUCCGAAAAUUAGACCUCAACCAGGACGGAGUCAUCACUAUAGAAGAAUUUAUGGAAUCGUGCCUCAAGGACGAUGUUAUCACCAGGUCGCUACAGAUGUUCGACGUAGUGCUAUGAUAAUCGUGGAGUUCGUUGCCAAUGACUUUUGACGGAUAUGAAGAAACAAUAUGGACAAUUUGAUCGAACAUUGAACGUGGUGUAGUGCUUAUAACGCUUGGGGUGGAAAAUGUAUUGUUCUAGAA